AUGGGUGAUGAGAAUUUACCUCCGAACAGCAUGACGCCUACUAAAAGCACGAAGUCUGCAGAAUCAUCCAUCUGGUCUUACAACAACAUUGGAUCGCCUACAGUAAGACCUUCAAAUAUCAUUCCGAUCUCCGGCGAAGGACUGGGGUUGAGAACUAGAAGUGCUGUUACGGCAGUGGCUGAACCUUCCAAUGCAAAAGAAAACCAAACAAAAGCUUCAAAGAGAUCAGCAGAAGAUACCUUUCCCAAAGAUACUGUUACUGGGCACCCAAAACGAGGAAAAUUUGAGGCCAUGAAAGGUCCUGCUAACAUGGAAAAUGUGGAAACAGAAUUCACUACAAGCUGCGAAAUCGAAAAUCGACUCGAGGAUGGACAACCUGCAGAGCCUCCGCAACAUAAUGCAGAUCUCGUUGUUGGCACCAGUAUUACCGAUCCUGGCAAAGUUCGCGUAUUCGCUUUCCUCACCAAUUCCAAUCAACUGAAGUUCGCCCCUGACGAGACUGAUGUUGAAAAGAGCGACGUCAAGUUCCAUAAAACAAGGUCGAAGUAUGAAGAAGUAAUUUUUGACCCCAAAUUCUGCAAGGGAAAAGAAAGCGAUACGAAGGAAUAUAUUAGAAGUGUAUUACUCAGUAGGAAAGGCUCUUCCGGUACGUUGAAUAUCACACGAUCAAAGAUCAGGUCUUUGAACAUUAGUCAACCAGAACCAGCGCCAGUUGAGCAAUCUACAGCACCCCAAGAUAAGCAGAUUGAGCUGCCAUCAGAGCCUGCUGUUGAUUUUGAAGCGCCUCCAUCUUCAACCCUUGAGCCCUAUCUGAGCCAAGUACAAAAUGUCUAUGAUGAUGUCGUGUUGGAACGUGAUAGGUACAAGAGUGAGAUUUCAAAGCUUUCAAACAAAUACAGCACACUCAUGGCGGAGAAAGACAAACUGCUUUCUGAGAGAAAGGCAAUGAAGAAGACUCUUCUCGCAGGGGAGGCAUCCAACAGAGAACAAGCCACCAAAUUAGCUAGCCGUUUGGCGAAGGAGCUACAGCAAAGAAACAUUCGAACAACUGGCAAUACAAUAACGGUCAGGGGCCAGGAAGAACAACUGCAAGGAGAAAGUAGCAGCGACUCUGCCGAACAAACAUGUUCUCGCGACACAACAAGCCAAGAAAAAUCACAAAACAGACAAACUCUCGCCGAGCAGUUCAAGUCACUCAGACCACCCGCCGGUUGUUUGGAAGCUGAUCGCUCAGCCGCCAAUUGUCAAGCCGCCCAUCUGACCAACCCAGGAGCACCGAAGGAGAUCACUGUGGAUAAUGAGAAGUACGAGCUUAUCCCAGAAGGAAAGCAGAAUGCCGGCUAUUACAAGCAAAAGUCUUUCAAAAUCUUUGGCGACGAUGGAAAAGCUUACAAGAGUAAAAGCUACCUCAUGCCGCUCGUUUUACAGAUCCCAGGAGACUACACAGGCCAAUCUGCGCUGAUCAACAGCCAAGUAUGUGAUCGCUAUAUCGAGAAAGGAGAGGAGAAGUUUGUGACCAAGCCGAGUGCUCAUUAUCUGAUUAAGCAUGAGGGACAAUGUUAUGCGAAGUGGACUGUGGCUCGUGUGAUUGAGGUUCAUGCUGACAGUUCUCCAUGA